UAGUUCUUCUCCACCAUGGUGCCCCCUGGCGUCUACAUGAGAAAUGCCAGCUGCCACUUCCAGGGGGUCAUCAAUAGGAACUCAAGUGUCUCCAGAGCUCUCCUGGUCUGCAGUAGCUACUGGAGCCGAGAGCACCCAAACCUACAAAGAGCUGAAGAUGUGGACUCGCUACUGCUGGGCAUGGCCUCCCAGAUUGCUGAGUGAGAGGACCAUGUGGUGGUUGAGGACGUGUGAGACUUGGUAUCUCAUCCCGAUUUAUGGCCUGGGCCACUGAAGUUUUCCCACACAGACCACCUGGCCAGUUGCCUGCAGCCGGGCUGGGAUCUGGGCCUGCCCUCUUACACGAAGGCCAGGGCAACACUGGGCCUGCCUCCAGUUACCAGAUGGCAGGACGUCAACCCUGCACUCUUCCGGAGUGAUGGCACUGUGCUGGAGGCCACAGCUGCCCUGUACAACCAGGACCUGUUCUGGCUGGAGCUACUCCCCGGGGUCCUGGAGAGCCAUGGGGACCCUGGACCCCUCCUCAGCACCAUCGUCCUCCAUCAGUUUGUGCGACUGCGGGAUGGCGACCACUAUUGGUUUGAGAACAGCAGGAAUGGGCUGUUCUCUGAAAAAGAGAUUGCAGAGGUCAGAAACACUUCCCUACAGGAUGUCCUAGUAGCUGUCACCAACGUGAACCCUGGUGCCCUGCAGCCCAAUGUCUCCUGGCAUGCUGGAGACCCCUGCCUGCAGCCAAGACAGCUCAGCACAGAGGGCCUGCCAGCCUGUGCUCCCCCCGUCAUGCAGGACUAUUUUGAAGGCAGUGGAUUUAGCUUCGGGGUCACCAUCGGGAUCCUGUGCUGCUUCCCCCUGGUGAGCCUGCUCAGUGCCUGGACUGUUGCCCAGCUCUGGAGGAGACAUUUAAAGAGGCUCCAGGGCCAGAACCGCCAGAGCAUCGUGUCUGAGAAGCUGUGGGGAGCAUGAAAGCCCUGUCUCUCUCCAGCCUCAGAAUGGCAAGUCCGCAAGGAGCCCUGCCGGCCUCUGCUCGUGCACUUGCAACCCGGGCAGAUCCACGUGGUGGAUGGCAGGCUCUCUGUGCUCCGCACCGUCCAGCUGAGGCCCCCGCAGCAGGUCCACCUCAUCCUGUCCAGCAACCGCGGGGAUCGCGCCCUGCUGCUCAGGAUCCGCAAGGAGUAUGACCUGGUUCUGCUAUCUGACCUGGGGGAAGAGCGGAGGGUGAUGCUGGAAAACCUCCGGGGGCCUCUGAAGGAGAGUGGGCUGAGCUUCCAGGAGUGGGAGCUGCGGGAGCAGGAGCUGAUGAGGGCCGCCGUGACGCAGGAGCAGCGGAGCCAUCUCCUGGAGACCUUUUUCAGGCACCUUUUCUCCCGGGUGCUGGUCAUCGACCAGGCGGACGCAGGGACCUUGCCCCUGGACUCAUCACAGAAGGUGCGGGAGGCCCUGACGUGUGAGCUGAGCCGGGCCAAGUUUGCUGAGUCCCUGGGCCUCAAGCCCCAGGACAUGUUGGAGUCCAUGUUUUCUCUGGCCGACAAGGACGGCAAUGGCUACCUGUCCUUUCGGGAGUUCCUGGACACCCUGGUGGUCUUCAUGAAAGGCUCCCCCGAGGAGAAGUCUCCCCUUACGUUCCACAUGUAUGACUUUGAUGGGAAUGGCCUCAUUUCCAAGGACGAGUUCAUCAGAAUGCUGAGGUCCUUCAUCGAGAUCUCCAACAACUGCCUGUCCAAGGCCCAGCCGGCCGAGGUGGUGGAGUCCACGUUCCGGGAGUCGGGCUUCCAGGACAAGCAGGAGCUGACGUGGGAGGACUUCCACUUCAUGCUGCGGGACCACGACAACGAGCUCCGCCUCACCCAGCUCUGGGUCAAAGGGAUGGAGGUGCCUGAAGUCAUCAAGGACCUCUGCCAGCGAGCCUCAUACAUCAGCCAGGGGAAGCUCUGUCCCUCUCCCAGGGUGAGUGCUCACUGUCCCCGAAGGGGCGCCGAUGUCAAGUUGGGGCUGACAACAUGGAGAAUGCAGUGCCCCAUGGACACAGACCCUCCCCAGGAAAUUCGACGGAGGUUUGACAAGAAGGUAAUGUUGUUCCAGCCCCUGCUGUUCACCGAGGCUCACCGAGAGAAGUUUCAACGCAACCGUGGCCACCAGACGGUGCAGCAGUUCAAGCGCUUCGUCGAGAGCUACCGGCGCCACAUCGGCUGCCUGGCCGUGUUCUAUCCCAUCGCCGGGGUUCUCUUCCUGGAGAGGGCCUACUACUUCGCCUUUGUGGCUCAUCACGUAGGCAUCACGGACACCACCCUCGUGGGCAUCAUCCUGUCGCGAGGCACGGCGGCCAGCCUCUCCUUCAUGUUCUCCUACAUCCUGCUCACCAUGUGCCGCAACCUCAUCACCUUCCUGCGAGAGACCUUUCUCAACCGCUACGUGCCCUUCGACGCCGCCGUGGACUCCCAUUGCCUCAUUGCCUCCACUGCCAUCGUCCUCGCCACCUUACACAGUACAGGCCAUGUGGUGAAUGUCUACCUCUUCUCCAUCAGCCUGCUCAGCAUCCUCUCCUGCCUCUUCCCCGGCCUCUUCCAUGACAACAGGUCCGAGUUCCCCCAGAAGUGUUACUGGUGGUUCUUCCAGACCGUACCAGGUCUCACGGGGGUCAUGCUGCUCCUGGUUCUCGCCAUCAUGUACGUCUCCGCCUCCCACCACUUCCGACGCCGCAGCUUCCGGGGCUUCUGGCUGACCCACCACUGCUACAUCCUGCUCUACGUGCUGCUCAUCAUUCACGGCAGCUUCGCUCUGAUCCAGCUACCCCGUUUCCACAUCUUCUUCCUGGUCCCAGUACUUAUCUGUAUGGGGGACAAGCUGGUGAGCCUGAGCCGGAAGAAGGUGGAGAUCAGUGUGGUGAAGGCGGAGCUGCUGCCUUCAGGAGUGACCCACCUCGAGUUCCAGCGGCCCCAAGGCUUUGAGUACAAGUCAGGACAGUGGGUGCGGAUCGCCUGCCUGGCUCUGGGGACCACAGAGUGCCACCCCUUCACCCUGACUUCUGUGCCCCAUGAGGACACGCUUAGCCCGCACAUCCGGGCAGCAGGGCCCUGGACCACCCACCUCAGGGAGAUCUACUCACCCCCGACAGGUGACAGCUGUGCCAAACAUCCAAAGCUGUACCUCGAUGGACCAUUUGGAGAGGGCCACCAGGAGUGGCAUAAGUUUGAGGUGUCCGUGCUGGUGGGAGGGGGCAUUGGGGUCACCCCCUUUGCCUCCAUCCUCAAAGACCUGGUCUUCAAGUCAUCAGUCAGCUGCCAAGUGUUCUGUAGGAAGAUCUACUUCAUCUGGGUGACACGGACCCAGCGGCAGUUUGAGUGGCUGGCUGACAUCAUCCGGGAGGUGGAGAACGACCUCCAGGACCUGGUGUCCGUGCACAUCUACAUCACCCAGCUGGCUGAGAAGUUUGACCUCAGGACCACCAUGCUGUACAUCUGUGAGCGGCACUUCCAGAAGGUGCUGAACCGGAGUCUGUUCACGGGCUUGAGCUCCAUCACCCACUUUGGCCGACCCUCCUUCGAGCCCUUCUUCAACUCUCUGCAGGAGGUCCACGCACAGGUCCAGAAGAUCGGGGUGUUUAGCUGUGACCCCCGUGGCAUGACCAAGAAUGUGGAAAAGGCCUGUCAGCUCAUCAACAGGCAGGACGGGAUUCGUUUCUCCCACCAUCAUGAGAACUUCUAG